AUUGAGAAGUGGACCUUGCCAUCUUGUACGAGGGGGCCCAAGACGGCAGAGGAAGUCCCCGAGACGGAAGGGCGAGGGGGGACGGACUUCACUGAUUCGGAUACCCUUUUCUUUCGCUCCCCUGGCGUAGUACUGUUAUUGUUUUCGGGGCGGAGGCGGGGGAGGGAGAGGUAUAAUAGCCUUCUAUGCUGCUUUUGUUUACUCUCUUGCACUGAGCCCUUUGAGUCGCGAGGCACAGUUAAUCGCCUCUCAUGACGAGCUAGCAGGCUCAGCUCCCGCCCAAUGCUCCUGAGCCCGUACCGGGGGACAACGAGCGGUGGCAGCCCCCUUGCGCCACCGCUGCUACUUCGCAGGGGAGGGGAGACCGAAAGGAAGUUUGUUGCCGUGCCCGCCACCCCUCGUGCGCUGUCUGGGCAGUUGGGACCCCAUCUGCUGCCAACUGCUUGGGGGCGGGCGGGGGGAAGUGAUGCUGAUCGCCGCCAACUCGCAACCUUGCGCUGUGCAGCCCAACUCCCGCCUCUUUCCUUCCGCCUGCCUGCGGAACCACGACCGGGAAUCCGCAAAGUCCGGGGAGGACGGCGUUGAAGAUCUAUCGGAUCCCCUUCGCCAGGUGGGAGAAGCGGGUAGGGGAGUUGGGCUCACCAGCAGAUUGGUGGCUCCUUCCGCCGUCUCCCCCCCCUCCUGCGCUGUCGCCCCCCGCCUUUUUCUCCUUCUCCUCCUCCCCCAUCGCUGCUGCAGCCGUCGCCUCCCCGCCAGCUCCCUUCCUCCUCCUGGAGCCCCCCCGAAUCCACUCCAGCUUCCUCAGCUUCGCUAUGAACGGGGGCGCCGCUCAUUUCCAGCAGCCGCCGCCACCCCUACACAGGCCGAGCCUCCCGGAGCAAGGAACUCAGAGCCAGGGCAGAGGCAGACACAUCGCCGCCCCGGGCACCAGAGCCCCUGUGUCAGGUAGCAUUGGCACUUCAUUUCAAUGCCAGUCAAUCCAUCAAGAUCACAUUUGCAGCAAUGAAAGUGACAAGAGUGAAGAUAGCUCAAGUCCCAAAAGACAACGCCUUUCUCAUUCAGUCAUUGACUAUACAGCGGCAUCACCAACUGCAUCACCACCAAUGCGACCGUGGGAGAUGGCAUCAAAUAGGCAGCCUCCUUUGGCUCGGACCAACCAACAUCACUUCUCCGGGGAACGCUGCAGCACACCUGCACGAAGUAGGAGGAGUCCUCCUGUUCGCCGUCAGAGAGCAAGAUGGGAUCGUCUAUCUCGACACAAUUCUGUUAACCAAGAUGAAAACUAUCACCAUCUCUCCUAUGGACAGCAGCAAGCAAUAGAAGACCCCCAAGCCUUUAACCCUCCAAAUAUAUCCCAUCGUAUGUUGCACCCAGCUGCUCACCCGCCACAGCAGAACACAGUGAUGGUUGACAUUCAUGAUCAGAUCCAUCAGGGCGCAGUCCCCGUCUCAUACACAGUAACAACGGUGGCACCACAUGGAAUUCCGCUUUGUACAGCCCAGCACAUACCACCCUGCAGCACACAGCAGGUCCCAGGUUGUUCUGUCGUAUUCAGUGGACAGCACCUUCCUAUCUGUAGUGUGCCUCCUCCAAUGCUUCAGGCGUGCUCAGUCCAACAUCUACCAGUACCAUAUGCAGCGUUCCCACCUCUGAUUUCUAACGACCCUUUCCUUUUGCAUCCUCCUCACCUCUCUCCGCAUCACCCGCCUCACCUGCCACCUCCAGGGCAAUUUGUUCCCUUCCAAGCACAGCAGUCACGUUCACCACUUCAAAGGAUAGAGAAUGAAGUAGAACUGCUUGGAGAACAUCUUCCUAUAGGAAGCUUUACCUACCCUCCAUCAACUCAUCCACCAACACUGACUUCCCCAGCUCCUAUCCAGUUCUUAACCCAUGAUCCUUUACACCAAGAGGUUUCAUUUGGAGUUCCUUACCCACCUUUUAUGCCUCGAAGACUCACAGGGCGCAGUAGAUACCGAUCACAGCAACCAAUACCACCACACUCGUACCAUCCCAACCUAUUACCAUAUGUGCUAUCAGUGCUUCCAGUGCCACCUGCGGUUGGACCAGCUUUCGGUUUUGAGUUGGACGUGGAAGAUGGAGAGGUGGAAAACUACGAGGCACUGCUGAAUUUGGCAGAACGUCUAGGAGAAGCCAAACCUCGAGGACUGACAAAGGCAGACAUUGAACAACUUCCAUCUUACAGGUUCAACCCAAGCAAUCAUCAGUCAGAACAGACAUUGUGUGUAGUGUGUAUGUGUGACUUUGAGGCAAGGCAGCUACUUAGAGUCUUACCCUGUAACCACGAGUUUCAUGCCAAGUGUGUUGAUAAAUGGCUUAAGGCAAAUCGUACCUGCCCAAUUUGCAGAGCUGAUGCUUCAGAAGUGCAUCGUGAUUCAGAAUGACUAAUCUAAGAGCACAAAUCUGGUUUGGGUGUUCUUGGUCACGUGUAUAUAUGAACUAUCCAUUGAACUUACUCAUGUGGCUUCCAGCAUUCCCUCUACACAAAAGGGUCAAUGGACAUUUCUUUGCACUGUGCAACUUAAUAGAUUAUAAAGCUUAUAAUUAGUCUUCACAAUUGUGAGAUUCCUAUACUAACUGUGUGAUUGGAACUCCAAAGAUGUUUUUUAGCUUAAUUUUGUGUGUGCACUAACUUUUCCUGGUUUUUGUGUGAUCAUUCCAAGUGUUGCUGAGAGAUUACAGUGGACAUGAUCUUUUAGCAUGUGCUUUUAUAAAAAGUGGUAGCUCCGAACAACAUAGCAAUCUACCUUCAGAUACUGUGAGUAGGCAUGAAUGAGGGAAGGGGUUGAGAGGAUGCGUGAAGAGCACUUGUGACUGGGUGUGUAUAUGUGUUUGAGAACAUAUAUACCAACAUGCACUAAGAAUGUAUGUAUGUAUUAUUAAUUAUGCUGCAAUGUAUAAUCUUAUGUUAUUUAAACAGUACUAGUACUGUACACUGGUUUCUUUCCUUAUGUUUGGAGUCACACACUGAAUGCAGAGGAUGCUGCAAUUAUAGACAUUUAAUAUUUGCUCCCCAAUAUACUUAAUCAUAUAAAAAGACUUUUUUACUUGCUAUUCAAACAGAUGUUAUGCUUCCCCUUUAUUGGAGGCUUUUAAGUGUACCUCUGAAGAGUGUGUUCAUUACUCAGUAUAUGAGUGACUAACCUUGGGUUUUUACACACAAUAGGAAAUCCAAAUUUCAGUAUGACAGGUUUACUGCUUAUUUUAUCGAUAUAAAGUUGCAACAUUGCAUAACUCAGUUAACAAUAUUAACACUUCCAAUUGAUUACUUCAGUGCUGAAGCUUUUCUGUUCUCUUUCUCAGUUAUUCUACCUGGGUUUUAUUUAUGUUCAGUUGAUUUCAGAUUAGACUUGAGUUUUGAAGAUAGUGCACUUUGUGCUCCUCCUCCAAAAGGAAGCUGAAAAGAUGCUGAGGGUUGUGUGCAAAGUUUCUUCACUUUGACCAUUAUACUUGCUAAGUAUGUACUCCUUUAGUAUAUAAACAUUGGCUUUAAUCACUUAUGCUCUUUGUUCACAAGAGACAUUGUAUACAAUUAAAAAAACUUGUAAGAGGGUAUGAUUUCAUUCCUGUGACUUAAUGAACAAAAAAUUUUUAACUUUUUUUUUCAGAGAAGUAGAACUUUUUAUUUUUGUGCUUCAAAAAGGGUUGGUGGUGGUCAUUCACUGCUAGAAUGCAGUUGUCUUAGGGUGCUGCUUCUUAGCCUUCUGUAUUUUCUGAUGUUUGGCAUGAAAAAAUUUCCCUUAUUUAUUUUUCCAUCAAGUCUCCAUAGUGUUCCACUGUAGAAGAGUAAAUUGGUACACCAUCCAAAAAAAUAAUGCUGUGAAAUGGGAGGUAACUUUCAUUUGACUGCCUUUCAAAUAAUAUUUUUCAUUGUGUGGUUGAAAUUAUUGACUUCUUUAACACUUCAGAGUGUUAAGAACUUGAAGAUGUUUCAGUGAAAUAACUGGAUCUAAACAUACCAUAGUUAAUCAAAGGAUGUGAUUUUUGGCAUCAAAAUGUUUGUUCUUAAAUUUAGUGUCAAUACCUUGGUUACAAUAGUACAGGUGACACAACUACCAAUAUUGCUAUAACUUGGUGCCAGUCUGAGCUUUGUUUGUUAUUUGUAAUUUCUGAUACUUUUGUAUGCUGCUGUGCUUGAAUAUCAGUUAUAUUUUCAGACAAUUUUGUUUUCUAUGCUCUUGCCCUUCUUUGAAGGUUCUACAAACCAAUUAAUUACAGCUACUGUUUUUGCUUGUUUCAGAUGCUCUUGUCUUUUAGUUACACAAGUAGUACUCAAAACUUUAGUCUGUCCAUAUUUGUCAAUAAUUAAGAAUGCUAAAUAAAAAUAGAGUUAUAUCAAUUUCAAAAUAUUAGUUUCCCCUCUCCCAGGCACUAAAGAAUGGACUCUUCACAAUAACAUCAAAAAAGUUAAAUCACCUAUAGUAAACUUUAAUUUUUAGCAAAUGAAAUCAUGUGGUUAUUUUAAAAAGUGUGUGCUGUAUAUGUCUUAUAAUACUUAAGGUCUCUAAUAUAUCUAAAAGAACCCCAACCUUAGCUGUACAGGUUUAACCAUAACAAACACUACUACACUCAGUAUUCAUUUUGUUUGAAGCAUGGAAAGAAGGCACUUGUUUUAAGAUAGAUGAAAAUGCAUAAUGAACAAGGCACACUUCAUGAAUAUCAAGGGGAAAGUACUCUUCUUUCUCUAACUGGAGAAAUCUUGGUGUGCAAUGUCCCUUUUUUGCCAGUAAAACAGUGUGAGGCAGCUGAACAUUUAGGAGAUGGAGUAUCUAAUUUGGUAAAAUAUUGAAUUUAAUUGUUGCACUCCUGUGGCUGAUCAGUUCCUGAAUGUUACUUCUGUUUGCAUGGGACUCUUGCAGAUGUGUGCAGACUUGUUUCCUGUGGUUAGUGUAUAUAAACAGUGCACAUGCAUGCGUUCCGAAUCAGAUCAGACCAACUACAACCAAGUCUUUUCUACUGUGGCCGUCAAAAGAGGAGGGGAAGGGGAUUUAUACUCAGCUAUUAACUGCCAUGUGCUGUGCACAUUUGUGUCUAAUGUCACAGCCUGUUGUGGUGCCUGAUGGUACCAGAAUCCAGCAAGACAAAUAAAUGUUCAUUGCCUUCUGCCACACUUACCCAAUGGGGGUGGGGGGUGGGGGCAUGUUACUGUUAUGGUUUACCAUAUUGGCACAUUUGUUGGUUUUGGGUUGUUUCUUUUUAGUUUGUUGGGGGUUUCUUUUAGCAAGAGCUUUCAAUAUAACUUUGACCUAAGAGAGAGAGAGGCUUAAAGGUUUACAGAUAUCUCCAAGGUCUCAUUUUAUCAUUUUAUUUCCAGAAAUCUUACUGUGCAAAGUAAACCUUUUUGUUGUGUAUGGCUUCUGUAAAGGUUCUUGACCAUGAUAACAAGAUGUGUUAACAGCUGAGAAAUAUUUGGAAUGGCAUUUACCAACCUUUGUUUUACUUUUGGAAAACACAUUUUUGACUGAAUUAUAUUUAGACUCUUAUAAAUGAGCUAUGUGGGUUUUGUGGGUUGUUUUUUCCUUUCCUUUAGUACAUUGUUACCUCAUUUUGCUAUUUGUUUGGUUUGUUAAUGAUUAUCAAAGCUUAUGGGUUUUGUUAGAAUCAUAUUUUGUCAAGUGUUUUCUUUAAAAUCACACUUUAUUGUAUCAAUUAGCAUAUUUUAAAUGUAUUAUAAAUAUCUGUAAUGAAAUAGUUUGCAAGCUUGAGAAAUUUUUAACAAAACAUACUUUUUAGUGAGUUAUUACUAAAGCUUUAUGAAAUAGUGCAAUUAAUUUUUAUUUUUAAACUCUGUGCCCAAUUUUGGACAGAGUUGUUCAAUAAUAAAAAUAAAGAUAUGAUGUA